AAUUUAAAGAAAAAAAAGCUAAGAGAAGAGUCGAGAACAACGAACCUCUAGCUCUCGGAGUCUGUCGGACUUUCUCCUUGCGCAGUUGCGCUUUCUCUUUCUCUGUCUCCCUUUCUGUGUGCUCUCCCUGCUGCUUCUGGAAACAAUAGCAACUUCAGUUAGCAGAUCUGAUUCUUGUUUCCGUACCGUUCUGAUACGAUCGUUCCGGUACGUCGUUCGGCGCAACGUUUGGCGUUUCAGAUAUAUACGGCACCUUUUAAUCUCAUAUUUUGUUUUGGUACAGUUCUUGUUAGGUGUGCUUUUCCAUGAGUUUGUUGUUGUAUGUAAGGGUAGAACUUGGAAGCUUUAGAGUGUUCGUGGAUUCGUGAAAUUUUUUCGGUAUCUUUCGGCUUUCGGGGCAUUCCUUGCUGUUCUUGUUUGUAAAAGGAAAACAUCUCAAACUUGUUCUAUGGUAGUUGAGCUAUGAAUGACUUUAGAAUAUAAUCAACGUUUGUCAUUUUAGUGAAGAAGUAUUAUUAAGUUCUUAGAUAUCAAAAUCAUUGGCUGCUUCCAUUUUGCAUGAAUCAUGAUUGAAUUAUUUUUAUCGAAACCUAUAUGGGGUGAUGAUAAUUCUGAUUCGGCUGAACAAACAAUGCCUGUUUACGACAAGUUAGAAAAAACAAUAUGGAGAAUCAUCACCUCUGAAGGACGGUCAGAGGCUAGAUUGUGGCUUUGUGAGUCUAUUUCAAGCUUAAGUUCAGUCACUUCUCAUGAACGGCAGGACCUUUUCAUGAAGUUGUUGAGGUCUAAGCCUGUUAAAUUGGAUAUUGCUGCUCAAGUCCUUCAAAUGUUCUUUGAGAGGAGACCGCAGCAAGCUGGUUUAAUAUUGUCUAAAAAGAGUCACAGGCUUGAAAAGUUCUUUGAUGAACAUCCAGCACGCAUCAUGCAAUGGUUUUCAACCUUUUCUAUUGCGGGUGAUUCGGCACAUGGAAAGGGUGCGAAGUCACUGGCUCAGUUUGCCUUCGUGAACCGAGACAUAUGCUGGGAAGAGCUUGAAUGGAAAGGAAAACACGGACAAUCGCCAGCAGUUGUUGCAACAAAGCCUCAUUAUUUUCUUGAUUUAGAUGUUCAACGCACAGUGGAGAAUUUCCUAGAGAAUAUACCUGAGUUCUGGUCAUCUGAGGAAUUUGCAGAGUCUCUGAAAGAUGGUGAGAUCUUGUCAAUUGAUAAUAAAUUCUUCAUAGAUUUCUUUCUCAAGUUAAUGUACGAGGAUAGCUUCAAAGAAGUAUGGGAGGUUCUCGGUCAGUAUUUUAUGGAUGAAACUUUUUCUUACCUAUGCCAACGCCUUUUAAUCAUUCUUGACGAGCGGGACCUACAUUUUGUAGUGCAAAUGAUUCAAGAUUUCCUCACUAAGCGAAAGAAAUCUUUGAAGUUUGAUAAUACAUCUUAUUGGCUGAAAAUUCUGAUUUGUGAGUGUGGUGAUCAAGUAUCGAUGGACCAACUAUAUCUUUUGAAUGCACUGCUUAAUAAAGGAAGGCUACUUCUACAGAUGGUUAAUAAUGGUGAGGAAAUUGAGGAGAAGGUGAAAAUUAGUGAUUUAACAUUAGGGAUCUGUACAAGUACAAAAGUAGCCAAGAGUUUGGCCCUAAUUUCCAAAGACCAGUUGAAAUCAAAGACCUUAGACACAAUGAAAUGGUAUGGUCUUCUUUCGUGGAGCCUUCUUUACAGGUUGUCUGAGGAAUGCCAUACUUCUGAAUCAUGGGAAGAACUCUUCGUUAGCAAUAACAUUGGCUUUCGCAAAUCUGAUGUAUAUGGUCUUGUAGAAAAUGAUCGAAUUUUAGAUGAGAGUGAAUUGGACUUUGGUGAUAGGGCAAUAGCUAGAGCUAAACGCAAAAACAAGAAACGGAGUAGAAAGAAAAGGAGAAGGGAUCAAGAUUAUGAUGAAUGCAGUGAUGAGAACUUGUUCGACCUUGAUGAUUCGGAUAAAUUCAGUCUCAACUCUAGUUCAAGGACGUGGCUGCUUUCAACUGAUGGUUAUUCUACUCCAUGGAGCUUGGCUGAUCUGCCUGAGCAUUUAUCAAAGCAUUGCUGGAGAGAAUGGAUGAAGCAUACUUUUAGUGAUGCUAUGUAAUCCAUUUUACGGAUGUUUUUCCUAUUUUUGAUGAUCUGCAAGGCUUAGUCAUUGUGACCAUGUCACAUAAUACUCAUAUUCGAGAAUGAAAGGCAUUUUUAGCUCGGCUCAGUGUGCUGACUCUUUCAAAACAUUCUGAUCUAUGUAGAGGCUGACCUUCAAUAGUAACUACUUACUUUGUUCAUUCCGAUCUAGCUUAUUCUUAAUCGCCUUAGAGAACUCUGUUCUUUUCCUCCUCCCCUGCUGUUUUCUUUCCGUUCUCUUCUUUGCCCCUUUCUAUAUGAUAUCUUGAAUGUUUAAGCUGUUGAUACGUUUUGAUACUGUUGUGGUACUCUUCUCAGCUAAUCAUCCAUCAAGUUGCGUACUUUGGAGUUUCAACUGCUACCAUAGAAGUGACAUGAUAUUUUACAUAUGGAGUGUGGUAUUUCAUGUAUUUGCCUGACACGUACUCGUAUGUUGACAUUGUAUAAAGAUAUCUGCUGCUGAUGAAAUGUAAUUUCAUCUGGAGUUACAGCUAUUUGGCAUAUUGUCCUCCAAAAACAGAAGUGUAUGAUAGUCCUGCUGUAGUCUUGCUGAAGUGUAUGAAAUAUAUUUCCAUGAUGAAGAAUAAUGCAGAAGAGACUAGAUAGGACUGGCUAUGCUGUACGUUGGCGAAUCCGGCAAGGAUUAAUUUGUGUCGAUUAAUGUGAGAGUAGAAAAGUUUACUGACAUUCUGUACAAAUUUGUUGUACGAUUUGAGUAUUAAUGCAGGGACCCAAAAAAACGGGCCGAUUUUUUUGCAGCAGUAUUGUAUUUUAUUUAAUAAGAAUCGAACCUUGUUCAAGAGGUAGACUAGAAUAUGCAGAUGCAAAUAUAAAUUCUUUUUAAGGUUGAUUUUAAAAGCCUACUACAGUAGUUUAAAGAAAACAUGCGUUAAUU